UUAUUUGCACAGUAGUAUGAUUGUCUUUUUUCGAUUACGUUUGUUAAACGCUUUGGUUUGGAAAAGUUCGCUACACAUUUUACUGCCCAGGAGAGGGCGCUGUCACACAUUAUUUCGUAGUCCAAUUUAUCACCGUAUAACGGGUGAGGAAAACCAGCAAGCUCCUCAGAAAACACUGCAUCCCGGACAAGGUUAGGAGUUAGAAGUUGGGAGGUUAGGAGUUCGAGCUCUUUGCACACAAUUUCUUGGGGCUCUUCCCACGGUUAUUUUCUUUCUUGAGCAUAACCAUCACUUUAACUUGAAUGCGAAAAUGAUUCUUUUUCUUUGCUUUGUUGUGUUGCUCACUGGAGCUCUAGAGUCGCGCCACGUAACUUCGGACGAAACAUUUCUGGUGCCCAGCGCCGCGGAGACGCAGUCAGAGAAACUCGGUCUGCCUGCGGCCAGCCUCCGUCAACCGGAGCAUCUGGGUCCAAACGGAAAAACCGAAAAUGAGAAAGAUGAAGAUCCCUCGAUUUCGCGGCCCGAGGUGCAACACAGGAGAGUUCCGCGCGGUGCCAAAGAUUGGAAAGCAAAACCAAGAGAGCAACAGGUUGCUCAUAACUACAAACACCACAGACCAUACGACCCGGACGGCUAUUUCACCACCCCGAGAAUCUUCAAUGGGUCGCUUCUUAUUCACAACCCGUUAUAUCCGGUAACGGAUGAGUCGUACAGCGCCUACGCGCUAAUGCUGCUGUCGCUGGUCGUGUUCGCCGUCGGCGUUGUGGGGAACCUGGCGGUGAUGUGCAUGGUGUGGCACAACUACUACCUGAAGACCACGUGGAACUGCGUCCUCGCCAGCCUCGCGUUCUGGGACUUCUUGGUGCUUUUCUUCUGUCUGCCGGUGGUCAUCUUUAACGAGCUAACGAAGAGGCGUUUAAUGGGUGACCUAUCCUGCCGAAUCGUGCCUUAUGUGGAGGUGACAGCUCUGGGCGUGACCACAUUCAGCCUAUGUGCCCUGAGUAUCGAUCGUUUCCAUGCUCUGACCAGCACGUCUCCCCGGCCACACCAGAUAGAGCCUUGCGCCUCCAUCGUGCCGAAACUGUCAGUGGUGUGGGUGGGCUCUCUGCUCCUGGCAAUCCCAGAGCUGCUUCUGUGGCAGCUGGUGACCGAGGUGUCACCCGUCACGGGUCUGCCGCUGGACUCGUGUGCCCGCCGUCCGCCGCCCUCACUGCCCGAGUCUGUGUACUCGCUGGCGGUGACUUAUGAGGAGGCGCGGACCUGGUGGACCUUCGGCUGCUUCUUCUGCCUCCCCCUGCUCUUCUCACUCGCCUGCCAACUGCUCACAAGGCACGUCGCAGAAGACACAGGCCAACACGCCCGGCCUGCCUCCCCGUCCAUGUCGUCAUCUUCCUCAUCAUCUUCCUCGCCCAAGCACAGCAGGCAACGGCAGGCUCGGGAGCGGCAACUGGGACGCACCGUGCUAAUGCUGGCAGCCGUGUAUGGCGUUUGCAGCCUGCCUGAGCAUGCCUGGACCAUCGGCCUCACCUACACAAACCUGCAAGUGGGCGGGGCCACGGUGGCCCUGCUGGCUCUGAUUGGCCAGUUCCUGAUGUUUGUGCGCGCUGGGGCCACACCCAUUCUAAUUUUGUGCGUGUGUCGUUCUCUGGGGCGGAGCUUCAUGGACUGCUGCUGCUGUUGCUAUGAAGAGUGUCUGCCUGAUGGAGCAUCUCCGUCAUCAUCCUCAUCCACAACAGCAACAGCUAUGUCUUCCUCUCCAUCCUCUCCUGCUUCUGUGAAUGAGGACAAGUUACAGAUUGUCUCUGGAACAUCACCAGCCAUCUUUUUUGACAAAAUGAAGGACAGCUCUUCAGAGAUGGCCAUAGGGACUCCAUGUUGAGCACCCCCCUACCCAGCACAGAUACUGAGCACAUUUCUUCUUAACAUCUAAGACUUUUUUCUUUUUUUUUUUUUACUAUUUUUUCAGAUAAAGUUGCUGAAACUGAAGUACCUCUGAAUUAAAUACAAGAAGCCUAUCAUGUCAGCUUUUUGAUUAGCAGGUCUCAUAUCAGUUCUCUGAUAAACUCAUGGACAGUGUAGCAGCUCUUUAGGAGCUUUGCUCUUUAGGACUCACUACCCUGCCUAGUCAUGUGACUGUUUCCACCAUAGCUCCUCAACUUUUCAGCAUAUAUAGCAUAAGCUGUGAAUGACAAUGCAUCGUUGAAUCGUUGAUUAGGCCUAAUUUCAGAUUCAGAUACAGAUUCAGUGAUCUGCCUCCAGUAUCCAAACUGUUCUGCUGUUCCUCCAUCUUCAGUUUGUCCAGUGGCUUUUGAGCGACCCAUCUGAGGAGGAACAGGGACAGUGAAUCAGUGACCUUCCUCACUGUCGCCCUUAUAAUUGCCAGUGUUGUGGUUUUCAGUCAGAGGUCUAGUCACCAGAAGGCCGCUUGUGUGCAGGCGAGUGUGCAUGGCUGGGUGUGUGCUGUGAGGAGGUGGGUGUUUUAGUCACAUCAGUUUCUUGCACAGCUUUUGCACCAUGUCUAGAUUCACUUCCUCUCUACACUGGAGAUCCACCUCCUGUCUGUGCUGGAGGUCCAUCCUAUUCAAACUUGAAGCUUCUUUUUUACACUGAGAGUCUUCAUUAUUAUUUUUAGAUAAAUAUUGAGCAUGGUUUUUUAUAACACUGAUAUGUGUAAUAUGUGAAAAGUUACCCAUGAGUAACAUCAGCGAUGAAUUAAAAUGUGUAAUCAGGAGAUUACAGGAAACAAACUGCAGACAUGUAAGAGAGUCACCGAGUACAACUUCACACUCUCCUUGAACAAGAGAGACAGGAUCAGUGACACAGCACUCAUACAGCACGGAGCUGGAGUAAAACAUCCUGUUUCUGUUCAUGUUGUUCAGAGGACAGCAAUAGACAGCCUUUGUAAUUAGAGAAAAAUAGUACAGUUAUGCCUUGAGUAGGCAUAGUUUAACACAUAAACAGCAUGUAUCAUAGACUCUGUGGAUAAUAUAGCCCAGAUUAUUAUAUAGUUAAUUAUAGUUCCAAGACCCAGUACUGAAACUGGGCUUUAUUUUUGUUUUAUUCUAUGUGAAUUUUUAUGGGUUAUUUUCUUUUGAAUUAAAUAAAACAUGCUAAAAUUG